UCUUCUCGACACGAAAACGAAACAAGUUAAGGACCAAUUUUUGAUGUACAUACUAAGGAAGCGGUGGAUUUAGUGGCCGUUAGUUAACCUGUGACUAUCAAGUAAACGCGCUGCAAGUGUGCCAACGGGUGUAAAUUAGUAAAUUAGGUGUAGAAUGGCAAAGCAAAGUUAUGUUCUUCUGUUGAUACUAGCUAACUUCUGGCUGGUACAUAUUGGAGCUGAUAGUUCUCAGUUUUCGACAACUUCAGAUGUUUUACUUUCGCCGGAAAGUGCAAUCAAUGAGAAAUCGGUCGACACUAGUCUUUCAUCAAAAUUGGAAAUAUCGGCACGUCCUGCGAAUAUCCAAGCUACAAUACCAAGUUCCAGCAACGACGAAGAAGAUCCGCUAAAAUCCCACAUUUGUUCAUUAUGUUCUUGCCAGGGUGAAUCCCCGUUCGUCAUAGACUGUAAUGAAAAAGGUUUGAAAAAUCCUUUUUUGGUUUCCGAAUGGCCAAACAAUGUCCCUAGUACUACUAUCGAAGCCAAAUUUGACUCCAACGAGUUUAUAGAAAUAACACAAUUUCCGGAAUUGCCAUUAUUACGACUGAGCUAUCGGAAAAAUGGUCUCUUAGUUAUUGAGAAAGCGGCAUUCAAAUUUCUAAAAAUGUUGGAAUAUUUGGAUCUUAGCGAAAAUAGUUUGACUCAUGACUCAAUCACCGCUAGUGUAUUUGAGGGACCAUUCAGUGAAGACGACUAUGAGCCAAUUCCGUUGAAAACUCUAAAACUCGGCUACAACAAAAUAUUUUCCAUUGAUAAAGAUGCGUUUAAUCAUUUAUUGUCUCUCGAAACACUUGAGCUAAACAACAACCCAAUAAAAGUAAUUGAUCAUCAAACGGCAAUAGCGAUUACAUCACUGAGGAAGUUAAAGACUUUGAAUUUAGCCGAAACGGAUUUGUCGUCGGUGCCUAGUGGUUUCUUCCAUGCAUUGCCGGCGCUAAAAUUGCUAGUCCUUGCCGGAAACAAGUUCACAAUUAUACCGGAAGAGCUUCAGCACGCCAUACAUUUGGAAUACCUAAAUUUCAACAACAACCCAAUCAAAACACUCGACAAAGAUUCUUUCCAAGGCCUGAGCAAGCUCAAAUAUUUGAAUGUGUCGAGCAUGCCUUCUUUAGAAUGGAUUGACGCCAACACGUUUACGCCGCUUACAUCUAUGAUUCAACUUUGGUGCUCGUUCAAUCCAGCCCUUAAAACCAUACAUCCUGCUGCUUUCAGCAACAUGGAUGAAAGUGACGGGACUUUUCAACUAAGCGAGUUUCAUUUUCGAGGAAACAACAUCCAGAACAUACCUCCCUCUCUGCUUCCGUGGGCUAAUUUGGGACUAGUUGACAUUGGAGAAAAUCCGUUCAAGUGCGACUGCAAUAUUGGAUGGAUGGUAACGAGUCUCGUUCCUAUUGUUUCGGACAAAACACCUGAAUUAAUAACGAGUUUACGUUGCGCCGGACCGGAAGAAUAUAAAGAAAAAUUGCUAGAUUCGCUGGCAACUGAUACGAAAAUUGUAAACUGUACCAAUCCUACUGAUAUCAUUUCCGGUGGAGAUAACAACCAUGGCGGAGGGUCCACUGUUCGAACUACAUCUUCAAACAAGGGUUUGAUUAUUUUUUCACUAUUGGGAAUCAUUGCGGUCAUAGGUGGAAUGGCUUGCUUCAUUAUGAUGGCGGUCAGAAAAUCCAACCUUCGCGAAAUGUAUGACACCACUUCUGGGCAAAUAGUACAUUACGUCAGGACGGCAGGUGUUGGGGAUAAACCAGAAGAUGAGCAAGCAAUUGUAAAGAAAGAAUAUAACCAAUAUUACGAAGAACCUUAAUUAUGGAGAAAUUAUCAUAACCACUUAAAAUUCAUUAAGUUAGCUGGUUCCUUAUGUCGACCUAUCAAGCACUGCUGUCAUUUAGAACGCAUCCAAAUCGCUUUAUUUUAUUUUAUCUACUAAUAACUACGAUUAUACUUGCUAAAGGUACAGUGAAUCAAAAAUUUAUAUUUCCUAUGAUUGUUAUCUCGCCAUAACUAUAUGAACGAAAACGUCUGGAAAUUUGAAAACCUUCGAAUUACAUGACAUGCAUUGUGCAAUCCAAAA